AUGGCAGCUGCCCUUGAAGAUCCAAGAGGAGCCAUAGGUUUCAAGGACCCUGGCAGCAAUCUAGAUGAAGAGGAGGAAGAUGACACAGCAGCAGUUUUAUUGAGUGUUUUAGUGCAGCGGGGACAGUUGGGCCUUUGUUUCUACGAAAGUGGAGACUCGUCUUUACAUUAUAUGGUGGAUUCUCCUGAUGACUAUGAGCUUCACUUGUUGUCCAGAGUCAUUCAGGAGGUCAGGCCCCAUGUAAUUCUAACCAGUGCAAAGCAGGAACGCUGCUUGACCCAAUAUUUGCAGCAACUUGGUUCUGACCCACACUAUAAACCCGAGGUGGUUACUUAUCCAUAUGUUGACUUUGGUCUGGAGGUCGGUAAGCAGAGGCUUCUUUCCGCCCAUCUGCCUUUCCUCCCAGCUUGCAUUUCAGAGAGGGACAAAAUGUCUUAUCUUUCCUCCUGUAUCACCUUUGACUCACCCUUGAUGCUUAGGGCAGUGGGAGCUCUGCUGAAAUGUCUGGACAGGAGGAGAGUGGGAGUAGAACUGGAAGACAGCACUGUUGGAGUCCCAAUCCUGCAGUUUCAUGCCUACACACUUAAAGAAGUGGUUUACAUCGACCGGGACACCUACAGUGUACUUCAGAUCUUUAAAUCAGAUCUGCACCCAUCAGUCUACAAACUGCAGUCAGGUGAAAAGGAAGGACUAAGUCUCUAUGGAAUAUUGAACCGAUGUAGGAGCAAAUUUGGAUCCAAAUUGCUACGUCAGUGGUUUCUUCGACCUACACGAGACCUUGCAGUGCUGUACAGAAGACAGGAAGUGAUCCGUUUCUUUACUUCACCUCGAAACUCGGACGUCCUGAACACCUUGCAGGCCUCGAUACGGAACAUCAGAAACAUACCAGUAACUAACUUUGGAUCUGUCCACUUUAAACGCCUCUCGGGUGUCCUGCGUCGCAUGACUCUCUCCAGCACCAAAGUCAGUGACUGGCAGACUCUCUACAAGACGGUAUACAGCGCAGUGUGCAUCAGGGACUCAAUGCGGCACCUUCCUCAAUCUAUUCAGCUGUUUCGGGAGAUCAGUGAGAAACUCUCUGAGGAUCUUCACUACAUCGCCGCUCUCAUAAACAAAGUUGUGGAUUUUGAUGCCAGCUUAGAAGAGAACCGCUUCACUGUCAAACCCAACGUUGAUCUUUCCAUUGAUGAGAAGAAAAGGAGGAUGAUGGGGCUGUCUGACUUCCUGACUGAUGUUGCCAGAAGAGAGCUUGAACAUCUGGACUCUCGAAUCUCCUCCUGCUGUGUCAUUUACCUCCCCCUGAUUGGAUUUCUGCUCUCUGUGCCUCGACUGCCCAGCAUGGUGGAAAAAGAGGAUUUUGAAAUGGAGGGACUUGAGUUCAUGUUCCUCUCAGACGACCGGCUGCACUACCGUAGUCAAAGAACCAGAGAGCUGGACAGCCUCCUGGGAGACUUGCACUGUGACAUUAGAGACAUGGAGACUGCAGUGAUGACACAGUUGCAGAGUGCCAUCCUGGAAAGGAGCAGUUCUCUGUAUCAGGUACUGGAUAUCCUGGCUGAGCUGGACUGUCUGAUGGCGAUGAGCAGCGCCUCUCAGGAGUACAGCUACUCCUCACCCAAGCUCGCCAGACAUAGAACAAUAGCAAUAACACAGGGAAGACACCCGCUGCUGGAACUGUGUUCUCCGGUGUUUGUGGCCAACUCCUACCAGAGCUCUGAAUCAGAGGGCAGAAUCAAGGUCAUCACUGGUCCAAACUCAUCUGGCAAGAGCAUCUUCCUCAAACAGGUGGGUCUGAUUGUGUUCAUGGCUCUGAUUGGCUCAGACGUGCCUGCUAAAGAGGCAGAGGUAGGUCUGGUGGACGGGAUCUUCACUCGCAUGCAGAGCAGAGAGUCCGUGUCUGUGGGCCUCAGCACCUUUAUGAUAGAUCUCAACCAGAUGGCCCUGGCUCUUAACAGCAGCACUGGCAGCUCAUUGGUGCUCAUUGAUGAGUUUGGAAAGGGCACCAACACAGUUGAUGGGCUGUCUUUACUCGCUGCAUCUGUCUCUUUUUGGCUAAAAAAGCCUCCGGUGGAUGUUCCUCACGUCCUGUUGGCUACAAACUUCCACAGUCUGAUGCAGUUGGGGCUGCUACCAAUCACUGGCAUGCUGUCUUUUCUGACUUUAGAAACAGCUGUAGACAGAGAUGAGUUGGUGUUUUUGUACCAGCUGAAGGAAGGGAUCUGCCAAUCCAGUUACGCUGCCAACAUUGCUGCACUGGCAGGCCUGCCAACAUGCCUUGUACACAGAGCCAUGGAGGCGUCUGAACAUUACCGAACAGGAAAACCCAUCAAACGCAUUGACAAAGCAUCAUCAGACGAGCAGGCCAAGAGAUGCCAAUCUGUGGUGCAGAAGUUUUUGAGUCUUGAUCUGGAGGACAAAGAUGUGGAUCUGCAGAGCUUCAUGAAAGAUGAGCUUCUGCCCUCUGCUGGAGAGCUCCUGAACCGCAGCUAGACUCUGGAAGUGCUGCAAACA